AUGAGUUCUUUUUCUUUUAUUUCUUCAGAGGGGAUCCUUGUAGGACUUCCCCCUCUCUCGGAAUCGACUUUCCGUCGUUCGAUUUUUCUCGAAUCAGCGUUAUCGGCUGGGUCGAUGGAGGGAAUGGUCCCGGUCGCCCGCGCGACGGCCUUGCGGUGGUACGUGGCCUAUCUUGUUUAUUGGGAUUGGAUGACACGUCUUUUUAUGGAGCUGCAUGAGGAGGAAAAAAAGAUCAAAAAGUGCUCCACAAGCACAUGCGAAAAGGAAAAAGAAAACAAAGGAAAAAGAGAAAUAGAAAGUGAGAGUUGGGAGGGUCUUUUUAACGAGGAUGUGUUGAGGAGCGGGAGUUUAAUUGCGGAGGAGUCGUUGUCCUAUCCGAAUUCGCCCUUGGAAACAACACGGCGAUUCGCCCUUCUUGUAGAUUCUUUUACCACAUCAUCUACUGAGAGUAUGGAAGGGGAGGUAGAAAAGCUUUUUGAGGACAACGAAUCUCCAACGACGACGUUUAAUACAGCGAGAGGUUUUAGCUAUUCCAGACGUUGGCAACGUGAAGACGGAGCGGGUAUUUUCCAUAAUCGUGUCAACGUGAAUCAUCCCUCCACUGUACCUUUUUCUUUUUCCAAUUUUCCUUCCUUUUCUACCAUGCUCGAUGCGGAGGAUAUCUGCAAUUCGCUAAACGCCCUUUUUCUCGAAAAUGUGGUACUUCAACAUGGAACCGAGACCGAUUCAAGGCGUGUGGCAUCUUACUUUCCACUUCACGAGUGUGAGUAUAAUGUUAAUAUUCCAACAUUUUCUUUAUCGGCCGUUCAGCAGGAACGUCUUCUGCAGCUUCUCACCACGGCAGAUUACUUAGGAGACGCUUUUCUUACGCAGAGCUGCGCACGGUAUUUUAUCUCGUGGUUAAUGCAAGUGCCCGAGCGGGAUCUUCUCGCGUCCUUUAUCCCAACCAACAGUGAAAUCUCGAAAACGACCGCUUUCGAAGAAAAGGCUGUCGGUAUCAAUCAAGAAAACAAAAAAGAAGGGUCUAAAGCACCCUACCACGCCGUAGAUAAAGUGAAAUGGUGUGUACCGUCGUCUACCUCUUUACAGAGCUCGUGGUUGCCCUUGCCGUCUUCUUUUUCCUCAACAUCAGUGAGUAAUUCUUCUUUAGAGGGGGUUUCUUUGCGGAAAAAAUCCAGUGAAGGGGAGGGAGAGGGGUGUGUUCAUCCUGAAAAAAUGUGCGAAUCAAACCUCUCAACGCCCUCCAUGAGUGAUAGUGAUGAACUUUGUUUAUCCGCAGACCAACGGCUUGUUUUGCUGGCUGAAGUAAAGCGAACGAAUGCGACGUUUGUUGAACCGUACUGGUGA